AUGGCCAGCCAUAAGGAGUACUCGGAGGAGUUCCUCCAAGAGUCAAAACAGGCUAUGGUUUACACCAUCACUGCGGUGUUCAUGUCUCUUGAGACGCUUGCGGUUGCACUGCGCUAUACCUCCAAAGCAGUUGGCCGCCUGAAAUUUGGUUGGGAUGACGGUCUCAUCGGUCUUGCGUAUGUGCUCUGCAUGGCCACGGCGGCCUGUGUAAUGGCGGACGUGACUUAUGGCGGCGUCGGCCUCCACGAAGCGCGCGUCCUCCAGAUUGAUCCAGAGAUGAUUGUGGUUUGGGGAAAGUUCAUCAUUAUCAUCCCGCUCCUAUACACGGGUACCGUCGUCCCUCAGAAGCUUUCUAUCUUAUACUUAUACCUCAGCAUUUUCACUCAGAAGGCGUUUCGCAUCAUCUGCUACGUCACUGGAGCCAUAAUCCUCGCAAAUUGGAUCGCGACCUUCGUGGCCGGCUGCCUUUCUUGCCAGCCCCUCAGCUAUUUCUGGACCAAACAGGGCCGUUGUUUCGAUAUCAACAGUUUUUUCCGCUGGGCUGGGUUCGCCAAUAUCCUUACAGAUGUCAUCAUGUUGAUCCUCCCGAUUCCAGUUGUCUGGCAGCUUCAUGCCUCAGUUCGACUCAAACUGGGAAUCCUGUUCACAUUGCUGCUGGGAAGUGUAGGCCUUAUCUCCUCCAUCCUCCGAUUCUACACCUUCUACGUGACCGACGCUGCGACAGACGGAACCUGGUCAGCCGUCGAACUCGUCAUCUGGACCGUUGUUGAGGGUGGUACCUAUCUCAUUGCGGCAUGCCUGCCGACAUACCGUCCCCUGAUGAAGCUUGUCUGGCGGAAAUUGAACCUCACGACCAGAAAUGACUCUCGGGAAACGAACCCACAACAAAGCGGUGGAAGUGGAAUUCGGCCCGUCUUCGACCGCAAGGGCCAUACCAAGUUCAAGCGCAUGACGGACUCGAUGCAUGAUGAAGAGGAUGCCAUUGGGCUCGUCGAGCUGGGCCAGCAUUGUUCUCACAUGCCUAAAGAUCAGAUCGUGGUGGAUCGGAGAUUUAGCGUGCACGGAUCAAAUUGA